UUUAAAGCCUUGAGUGAGAACAUGAAAUAAACACAUGGGCGCAAUCUUGCCCGAGUUCCGCAGAACUGUUCUUUUCUUGCAACUAUUAUUGAUUGCUCAAUCUCCAGACCCGAUGGCGGCAACCACUUACCAACCAUCGACAAUGCGCGCUUGGACAUUCAGCAGCGGCGGCACGCCAGAGCAGGUCUUGUCAUUCAACCCAUCCUUGCCUGCGCCCGCAAUACCAAAGGGCUCGGACGUGCUGAUCAAAAUAUCUCACGCUUCGCUCUCUUCUCCUGGCUCCAAUCUGAUGAGGGACAUUCCGUCUCUUUUGAGGAAAAACGCAAUACCGGAGCUCGACUUUUCUGGGCGCGUCGUCUCAGCAGGUCCUGCUGUUCCAGCUGAAUUCACCGUAGGGGCGGCUGUGUUUGGUACCGUUUCCAAGUUGGGCAGUAUCAUUCAUAAUCAGGGAACGCUGGCCGAGUAUAUUGUGCUGAAUGCGGAUUGCAUCGCCGUCAAGCCGACUAACAUAACUUUUGCAGAAGCCGCUUGUCUAAGCUGCCUCGGACAAGUUGCACUGGAAAUGGUCCGUCGGGCUCAAAUAAAAAAGGGCGAUCGAGUUCUUGUCAAUGGGGGUAGUGGUGCUGUAGGAACAGCCGCUGUCCAGCUCUGCAAGGACUUGGGCAGUUUCGUCGUGACAACCUGCUCCACCAAACACGCCGAUAGGAUGAAACAGUCUUUAGGAGUAGAUGAGAUUAUUGAUUACUCUAAGGUCAACUCCAUACCUACCGCCCUUGAGAAAGCCUACAACGCGAACCAGUUUGAUGCAAUCCUAGACUCGGUAGGCUCUCAAGAAUUGUUUCGGCGAUGCCCAAAGUAUCUCAAGUCCGAGGGCUUGUUCAUCAACGUCGGUGACGCCGACGCGCAGACUGGCCGACUUGGUUUCAUUCUACGCACACUUCAAAAUGUGUUGCUACCGACUAUCUUGGGUGGCGUACCGAGACGGUAUAUUACGUUUAGCGCGCCGCUGAAUGGAAAAAAUGCGGCGCAUCUUGGAAACUUGGCUUCCAAGGGCAAGAUGCCGGUGUUGAUUGACUCAACAUUCCCAUUAGAAGACGCCAUUAGCGGAUACAAACGCUACAAAAGCGGUCAAGCACAGGGUAGAGUUGUCAUUGACAUAGCGAAUAUGGAUGCACAAGAUCAAUAAAGCCGUGCUCUGUUAGCACUGCCGGUUUAAGAUUCUCGUCGUAUUACUCCGUCCGAAGAAGCGACUGAGAAAUUACCGUCCUGGGAAUGCGCGCAAAGAGUCUCUGUGGGCAGUCUAUACUGGAUUGAAGACUAUGCUGAUCAAUUCAGACGAAUGAUGUGCCAAAUUCAGGAGGCAAAGCGCCUGGCUGGGAUAUUGUGGCUCGCGUGAAGAAGAUAUAAUAAUGUUUUAUUGGAGAUUUGGAGAUUUUGCCAAUUAUUAAUGAUACUACUGGCUUAGCAAGCAGCCGCUUAAUCAACCUUUUUGUAGGCUAAAGAGGUGAAUUUAUUGGUGGAGGGACCUUUGACAUAUUAGAGAUAUACUACAGUAUUUACUGGAUAUCUAAUGCGAAG